AUGGAUGAGUACCAGCUGAAGAUAUUGUACUGCCAGGCUGUUGCAGUGAAUGGUUUGGACAGAGAGAGAAGGAUGAGGGAGAGGAGGGAGAGGAGACCUACUCGGUCUUGCUGGACCAAGCAAUGGCUUUUGGAGAGGGACGCCAUGUCUCAUACACCGCUUCUACGUGAGCUUCGGGACAAUAAUCCUGAGGACUACAGGAAUUACCUGCGUAUGAAUGAUGAUAUGUUUCAGGAGCUGCUGCAACUGGUGACGCAUCUCAUUGUGAAGCAGGACACAGUUAUGCGCAGGGCCAUUUCUGCUGAGGAGCGGCUGGUCGCUACCCUGCGCUAUCUUGCUACUGGGAGACCACUACAGGACCUAAAGUUCUCCACCCUGAUCUCCCCUCAGGCUUUGGGAGUGAUCAUUCCAGAGACCUGCAAGGCCUUAUACAGCGUCCUCCGAAAGGACUAUCUGAAGUUUCCCACUAAAGCAGAGGAGUGGAAAGAUAUUGCCCGGGACUUUGAGGAUUGCUGGAAUUUCCCAAAUUGCGGAGGUGCCAUAGACGGCAAGCAUGUCCGCAUCUCUCCUCCUACAAAAAGUGGAUCUCUAUAUUAUAACUAUAAAGGUUAUUUUAGCAUAGUCUUGAUGGCUAUAGUUAAUGCUAACUAUGAGUUCAUAUUUGUGGAUGUGGGGAAAAAUGGAAGAGCAUCCGAUGGCGGAUCAAUCAAAGAUACUGUGUUUUAUGUGAGGCUGCUUUGCAACCAAUUGGACCUACCGAAAGCUGAGGACUGCAUGCAUGGCUUGAAUUAUGUGUUUGUGGCAGAUGAAGCCUUUGCUCUGCACGAGCACAUCAUGAAACCCUACCCACAAAGGAACUUAUCCAAGGAGAAACGCAUUUUUAAUUAUCGGCUCUCAAGGGCCCGCCGCAUAGUUGAAAACACAUUUGGGAUCUUGAGUAGUACUGUAGGUUCAGAAUUUUCCACUCUGCUAUUGGCCUAA